UUAUGGUUCAGUCGCACGAGAAUCACGGUGAGGUGUGGACGUGAUUAAAGCAACACGAGUGAUAUCUGCGACUACCGACCUCAGUUGUACAUAAGGCGCAGGGAGGCCCAUGAUGAGUGUUUGGUGAGGAGAAAGAGAGAUGAUGGAGGUCUACUUAGCGAGUGUGAAUGUGUUGCGGGCUUACUACGUGGGUCUGGUGGUGCUGGUGACCACGGCGGGGCUGACCUGUGGCGGCGGCAGUGGUGGUGGCAGCGGCGGCAGGAGCUGGGGCUAUGGGAACAGGGUCCACCAGCUGACUGAGGAGGGGUGCGUGGUGGUGGACGAGCUGUGUUUGGUGCCGGAGGAGGUGCCCAACUAUGAGGCCAUCAAGAGCCUGCACUCCCAGCUGGACGAUGACCGCAGCGGGGACAUUGACGUAUCCGAGUCUGUCGACUUCCUGAAGGAGGAGCUCCAGUAUGCCAAGGGCUAUGAGAAGCGACAGAAAGUCUUCCACUAUAACAAUGAUGAGUACAUAUCAGUCCGUGAAUUGUGGUACAUCUGGAAAAAGUCUGAGGUUCACAAUUGGACAGUGGACCAGACAGUUGCGUGGCUGGCAGAGUCUGUGGAGCUCAAGCAGUACGCGCAGAAUUUUUAUGAGAAUGCUGUCAAUGGCUCCAGCUUGCCAAGUACAGUUCUCAGCGUGAUAACUCCCUCAUCCAAAAGAAGAAAUUCAAGGUAUACAAAAGAAAGACUUGCUGCCAACAAUGAGCAAUUCUUGACCAAAGUUCUGGGCAUCAAAGACCCUAAGCACCGAUCCAAGAUAACUAUCAAAGCCAUGGAUGUGGUUCUGUUUGGUCCUCCCAAAGACACAGGAAGCCACCUCAAGGAUCUGGUUCUGGUGUCCCUGCUCACCCUGGCCCUCAUUGGCUGCUUCAAGGCCUAUCAACGCAACCGAGAGUAUGAAGGACAGCUCAGUGAAAUGUUGAAGGAUAUGGAAAAACUACGGGAAGCUGAGGAGAACUUGCACCAGCUGGAAAUGAUCAUGACAACAAAUGUAAAAAAUAAAGAAAGCAAAGAAAAGAACAGUGACACAGUAGAGCAGAACCAUGCUGAUGAGGUGCAACAGUUGAGGCUUCAGCUUGAGGAGGAACGAGAAAAGAACGUGAUCAUAAUGGAACAAAUGAAAAAGGGCCUUGAGGAGGCUGACAAUGAGGAUCACAUAUGGAGGGCACCAAUGGACCUUCAACUUUGGCUUCAGCUGACUUAUGAAAGAGAGAGGAUUGCUUGUGUCAAGAAACAGUCAGCAGCCCGGGAACAGUUUGACCAGGCGAGAGAAAUGUGUGAGAAGUUGAAUAAGCAGCGGCGCAGCUUGAUGGGAAUCAUGGCAUCAGUGCAUGGCAAGAUGGACAAUGUGGACCAGGCCAUCAGUCAAGCCAGAACCACCAUGGAGGAAGUGACACGUGAGCUGAGAGAGAGAGAACAUCGCUGGAAGAACAUUGAGAUGCUGGCUGGGUGCAGCAUCACCAACAAUCCUGGCCUUCAUGCUCUUGAACUCAGGCUGUGUCCACCAGUGAAUGGACCACCCCAUUCCACCUAUGGGUCAAGUAUAGUUCAUCAGUUACUGAGUAGCCAGUCAGCAUUAAUGUUUCUCACCAUGGGGGGUUGCACAGGAGCAACAAGUUACUAUGCAGGGAGCAGUUUGAGCUCCUCAACACUAGUCAGAUCUCCUGGGGAUUCCUUGGUUGAUGUCCCAGGAGGUUCUGGGGCCAUGGUGAGGAAGAGGAGUCAGCUCAUACCAAGGGACUCUGGUUCAUCUCUAGGCUCGGAGUCAUCCGUCACCCCAUCCUGUGCAAUGCACCAUAGUCACACUUAUUCAACUGGUCUGAUACACCACACGCUGGACAGGGAGAGCAUGCGGCGGGUGUCCAGCACUGGUAGCAUCGGCUGCAUCUCGCCUGCCGAUCAGGAUCAUUUAAAGGACCUCCAAGAUUCCUCAGCUGAAGAGACUGAUACAUCUGGGUAUGCUUUGGAGGGCAGCUCCUUCACCAUGGGGGGAAGCAUAAGGAACAAGGGACCCAAGAAAAGUCAGCUGACACUGAAUUCUGAAGGUGGGAGAGCAGUUUCUCCAUCUCAGGUGAGUCUCUCCACCUCCCCUCCACCUUCCAUGCGUCAGCCUGGGUUAAAUGAGGUCGAAAAAGAACAGAAAACUUCUACUAGGCGCAGUCCUAUGCUCAAGUCAUACAGUCAGGACACUGCUGGCUCCAGGACAGAGGCGACAUUCAAGGAAAAGGAAAAAAUAUCCGCGAGUGAGCCAGCAUUAGACAACCCCAAGCCACUUGCGCAGCAGAACAAGAAAGCAUCACCAACAUUGGAGGAGAGCACGUCCUCAGACUCUUCGGAUGGUCGUAAGAAGAGUACCAAGGGCAUGUUCAACAACAAAAGUUUCCUUGGGAGUUUGAAGUUGAAAAGUAAGAGACAUAAAGAUGUGGGUAAAGACUCUGUAAAAAAGAAUGCAGGUUAAAAUAUUAGAAAACUAUGACUGUAGACAUCAUGUAUUGUGAUAGUUCCAAUAAUAUUGGUAAUGGGAAUUGUUUCCAUUGUCAUAUUAUAUGCACAAGUUUAUUUAUUAUUUUUUCUUUAUUUGGGAAUAUUUAAAACUUAGUAACAAUACACAAUGAGAAAAGUUCUAUUGUGUGGAAUCUGGAGCCUGCAGUCCUCAAGACUGAGGUCUGUUUAAAUGGCUAAAGGUUGAGAUGACAAAGUGGCAUGAGGUCUUCUAAUGGCCUACCAUUCUUGUCCACUCUCUGUCACCUACUUCCUCACUAAUGGUAUUACAUGCAUCUCCCUAACCCAUUCAUCAGGGAUAUUGGAUGUGAGGUGUGUCAUGAAAUAAGAGGCACAUUUAAGUACAUACUUAUAAUUGUUAUUGUUGUUGAUGUUGUACUACCCAGGAUUCCCUGACCGGAAACUGGUGUUGAUGUGCCCAUGUUUUGAGGGGGAUGAGCAUAUGUAUCUUAACUGCAACAGAUGGUUUCUCAUGGUUAGUUUUUUUUACUAACCUUAUGGCUCUAGCAUGCCCUUCAAGGGACCUGUGUAGGUAGGUUUGUUGUUCAAAUGAAAUGACAUGUGAUCAAGACAGAGUUAACAGAGUUUACUGGAUGCUGUUGUUGCAACUGUAAACAUUUAUGACAGGUAUUGUAUUUUUUUAAAUCUUUGCUGUUGGCCAGGAGAGGGUGUAGAUAAAAAGACAGCCACCAUCACAGUAUGACUAGAAGAAGAUUGGCAGAUGUGUUUUCAACUCUUAGACGGACUGCUUCCGCUUUGGUGGCAAAAAGCAAUAAGUUACAUUGGUCAACAAGUAUUUAAAGAAAUGUUAUUUUGCAAAUUAUUUAUCAUACCUUACAUACCUAUAUAUAUCAUUCAUGUGCUUAUGGUUAGGUAUGUUACUUUCACUGGGGCAUAGCAUUUAUUUUCUAAUCUAAAAACAUUUAAAAAUCUUCAGGCUGGAAA